AUGAAAGAGGCAUCAUACGCUGAUGAGCUGAGGAUUCUGGAAAAAUUCAAAGACAUAAGGAAUGAAUGGUACGUAAAAGAAUCUGGAAGGAGACGCAGACUAGCGACUCCUACAGCAGAACCAGGUGAAGGUUCUCCUUCUAAGCCGAAGAAGAAGCAAAAGAAGAAAGUUCAAACGAUGUUAAUCGAUGAGCCUGAUGAAGAUGUUCCUGCUGUGAAUGUUGAAAAGGAACAAGAGGCGGCUGGUGGUGAAGAUAUAGAAAUUAAUGCAGAUUUGUUUACGACAGAUACAGAUUUUAUUGAAAAUGUUGUGCAGACUGUCACUUCUGACAUUCAGAAAGAGAAAGAGAAGGUGAUCGAUGAUAUUGAAGGUGAUGACGUUGACAAAGAAACAACUAGUUCUUCAAGUUCAUCAGAUGACGAAGUGGUAGAUGAGGUUGAACGUGAAAGAAGAAUGAGAGAAGAGGCAGAAAAAGAAAAGUUGAUCAAGAAGAGAAAGAGGCAAGAACAGGAGGAUGCUCCUUAUGUUCCUUCACCGGAACAUGUAUCUGAAUCGCAAUCAACUCCAAGGAGUAGAAAGAAAGCAACACCAAAAGUUAGAAUCUCAAAAAGACCUCAGAAGAUUGUGCAGAAGAAGAAGCCUGAAAAGGAAAGUCAAAAACCUUCAACACCUCCACGUGAACCAACACCUCCACAAUCACCUAUUCACCAAUCUUCACCAAGACAGCCUACAUCUCCACAACAUUCAUCACCACUCAGACAACCCACACCUCCAAGACAACUAUCACCUAUUCCUCAAUCAACACCACCACCACAACAACCAUUUUUCACUUCACAAGAUAUCUUCGGCACACCUCCACUCACCCAUGUACAACCUGGUUCUUUUAGUAAAGGUCUUCCGACACCACAAGAUAACCUACUAGAUGCUGGAGAUUUCGACUUUGCAAACGCUUCUCAAGUUAGAAAUGUUGAAAGAAAAGUUGAAGAAGUUGUUGCGGAAAACAAAAGGUUGGCAGCUGAGAUCAAGAAGGUAGCUGAUAGAGAAAAACUUCUUGCAGUUCGUGUGCAGAAGUUAGAGAGUGAAAAUAAAGAAUUGACAAAGAAAGUUGAUGCUGAUCAGACUGAAAUCGAUAUUCUAAAAGUUCGCGUGUCUGAGCUUGAAGAAGAGAAGAAUCGACGUGAUGGUCAGAACGAAUAUUUCAAGCUUAAGAACAAAGAGCUUGCAGCAGCUAAAGCGGUAAGUGACCAUGAAGUCUAUAUGCUGAAUAGAGUGGUCAAAAGUUUGCUUGGAAUGUCAGUCGAUCAAAGGUUUGAAGAGUUGAAAGUGGAAGACCUUCGUGCUGAACGUCAAGCUGAACUUGAAAUGCAGAUGAAAGAUAAAGGUAAAGGAGUUGAAGGAAGUUCAUCUGUGCCUGAAAUGGCUCUAGUACCUUCAAUGGUUACAGAGAAUCCUGACCCUAUCUCUGCAGUCUCUGGUUUAUUUGAAGAAGAGACUCUAAUGCAUGAAUUGAUUGGUGACGACGAUGAAGAGGAUGAUGAAGAUGAUGAUGAUGAUGAUGAUGAGUUUGUAUACUCAGCAAGCAGUCAUAGUUCUAAAGGUGACGAUGAUAUGACGCUGCAGGAGGUUCUGGUGUUAGGGUUACAGAAGCUGCUACUGAAAAGGUCGUUGAUGAUUUGA